AUGAUUUAUGAGGAUGUUAAACGGUCAGGAAAGUUCGGCACACACCUGAACGUGUUCUCAUGGAGCAGCCGCAAGCUGCUGCAGCGUAUAGACCUGGGGCCUGAAGGAGUCAUGCCGCUCGAGAUCCGCUUCCUGCACGACCCCAACGCCACCGAAGGAUACGUAGGAUGCGCCCUCUACGCCAACGUCUUCAGGUUCUACCGGGAAGAGUCGGGGCAGUGGGCCGCCCACAAGGUGAUCACCGUGCCGCCCAAGAAAGUCCAGGGAUGGGUCAUGGAGGACAUGCCUGGGGUGAUGACGGACAUCCUGGUAUCUCUGGACGACAAGUUCCUGUACUUCAGCAACUGGGUGCACGGCGACGUGCGGCAGUACGACAUCACCGACACCCGCAACCCCAAGCUCGUGGGGCAGCUGUUCCUGGGGGGCUCCAUAGUCAAGGGAGGUCAGUGUGGGGGUUGNGAGGCGUCGUCCAGGAGAGGCAGCGUUAGGACGAGGCGUCGUCUGGGAAGGCAGCGUUAG